AUGUCUGGACUGAAUGUCUCAAUCAUUUUUUUCCUCUCAGUUGUAACUCUUUGUGAAUUUGCUAGACGAUUCUUCAAGAGAAUUUUUCCAUCUAAGGUAUAUUUUUGUCUUGCUGGUGAAUUAGCCAGUUCCUUCCAGAUAUGUGCUUGCUACCUUGAAUUGAAGAUGCUAAGGGAGAUUGGCCCAUGGGGUGGUGGCUUUGGCCCAGAUGUGAGCCUGACUCUCUUAUUCGUAGUCUUCUUAGCUCAUGGUGCCUCUUUUGAUGGAACUGCUGCCAACCCUGUAGCCUCACUUCAGGAAUUUCUAGCUUUGGAUUGUUCUUUUGUAGGCAGUAUUGUUAAAAUUUUGGCCCAGUUUCUAGGGAUGGAAGCAGCUUGUGCUUUUACUAAGAAAUAUUGGUCCAAGGAAUUUACAGACUUCCACAUGAUCCAGAACUUAAUGGCCCAGGACUGCAGCUCAUCUCUCAAUACCUCUAUAUCCCAGGGCAUUUUUGUAGAAGCCACGGGUUCCUUUCUUUUCCAGUUAAUUAUUCUCAAGCUUCACACCUGCCCUCUCAUGUACAGAGUUCCUAUUGUGGCGCUCAGUAUCACUGCCUUGACAUACACAGCUGCACCUGUCACAGGUGCCUUUUUUAAUCCUGCCUUGGCCUCUGCUAUGACCUUUUCCUGCUCAGGAAACAGUUUACUGGAGUAUAUGCAAGUUUAUUGGCUGGCACCCAUCUCAGGAAUGCUGUUAGCCCUCUUUGUAUAUCAAGGAAAUAUUCCACGCUUCUUCCAGACAAACCUGCUUUAUAGUCAAAAGAAAAAAUACAGAAUAUUUAAAGGGAAAGUAACAUCGAACUCUGCUGUUGAAGAGAAGCAGACAAAAACAGAGAAGAAGAACAGCAGUUCUGGACUGGUUAACUGAACAGAGCAAAAAGGAUUAACACUGCUGGAUGAGAGGCAAAAAACUACUUUUCUGGGUAAAUGGCAAAUGAGGAUUGGAAAGGGCAGUUCACAUGAUAUUAUGAUGUUCCUCAAACUGGGACCUUCUAGAUGUGUCAAAUUUCAACUCCCAUAAUUUCUAGCCAGCAUGAAAUGUGUAUUAUGACUUUAAAUUGUGGGAGUUUUAGUCCAAUAUGUUAACCAGCAGAAAGUUGAUAAAGACUGUAUUAUUAGAUGCACGGAAAUAACAACCUUUUAUCAAUUGUUACAAAGGCGUGCAUUCAUUAUGCUAAUUGGAUUUUAAUUCUAUAUGUUCAGGCAUCUUCUGAGGAAAGUGGCUAUUCCUAGGUAGCAGGGAUGUUCUUCAAACUAUGGCAUCCUUUUGAACAGAUAAAUAUCUUUAUGAUAUGGCAUAGGGUAUGGCUUGAAAUAAAUAGUGAAAUUAGAACAAAUGUUAAAUGUUUGAUGUGGAAUUGCACUUUCGAUUUCCUAUGAAAAAGUAAAAUGUUACAUGAGAUAAAAUGUUAUAUGAUCCUUCUUUUCAGGCUCUUCUUGAAAUUUAGUUAAUACAAGCAGCAAUCUGGGUUUCUUUAAUGCAGUUAUCCCUACCUGGUUCUCACAAUAAUGUGGUUAUCAUUUCUGAUUUCUUAUUAUGCGCAUUUCUGAUAUGUGUAUAAUAAGCAUGCAGAAUGCAAUUGUGUUAUAUUUUCCAAGGUUCCCUUUUGGUGAUGUAUGAAACAUCCUUGGUCAAAUGUUAAUAUUGGGAGCAAACAAUACAGUGAUAAAAGAUACCGAGAGCUGAGUAAUAGGCCUCAACUGGUAUUUCCUUCAAAGCACCGUUUCUUUUAAAAUAGAUCUGUUGAUUUCUGCAAUCCCAUUAAUCUAACUUUAGGAUUCUUGUUGAUUACAAAGAGAUCAAUAUAUAUUGACAUUAUCAACUACAAAUAAUGAGAAAUUAUGUAAAGUGCUGAGCCACAGAAAAUUAGAUGACAAUGCCCAGAAUAUUGCAUCAGACUUUUAUGUAUGUGGAGAAAUAUUUAUUUUUCUCUCCUAAAUUUGUAGGUUAUAUGUGGGGAACUCAGUUGCUGAUUGGUGUGACAAUCCAAACUUUGCUCGUGUAUUUUUCCUUCCUAUUAAUACCUAAAAGUAAAUAAUGUGUAAUUAUAAUGAAGAAGGAAAUCCAUAGGGAUUCAGGAAUUGUGCUGGCAGCUUAGAGAAACAGGUUGGAGAGACUUGAAAGGUGACGCCUUAUUUCUCAUCUGGAA